AUGGAGAUGUCGGAAGAACCAUACAUGGAGAGUGGCUCCCUUCCUUUGGAUAUUGACAAUGUCCACAUCCUCCUGCAAGUGGAGCAGGAGCAGAUCCAGAAGAGAACAUUUACCAACUGGAUAAAUGCACAGCUGGCGAAGAGGCAGCCGCCCUGCGUGGUCCGGGACUUGUUUAAUGACUUUAGAGAUGGGAGCAGACUCCUGGACCUGCUGGAGGUGAUGAGUGGUCAACACAUAGGUCGAGAGAAGGGGAGGGGACUGUUUCAGUAUAGGACUAACAUAGAGAAGGCCCUGGCCUUUCUCAGGAAGAAAUCGAUCAAACUGGUCAAUAUAAACGUCUCUGACAUUAUGGACGGCAAACCCUCCAUCAUCUUGGGUUUGAUAUGGUCCAUCAUCAUCCACUUUCAGAUUGAGGAGUUGGCCAACACCCUCUCGUUUAGCUCCAGACAGUCAUCUAUGGAGUCUCUGGCAAGUCUUGACACAAGCUCCACCACCAGCAGUGCUCGAAGCAGUCCUGUACCCCCCCGCAGCUCCCCCCUACACGCACGCUUCCGCGUUUCUGCUAAGAAAGCAUUGCUACUCUGGGUCAGAGAACAAUGCCACAAAUCUGGAUGUACUCUGAAUGUAAAGGACUUCAAGGCAAGUUGGAGGAGUGGUGUGGUGUUUCUGGCCAUUCUUUGUGCUCUGCGGCCAGACAUUGUAGAUCUGUCUGAGGCUAGAACCAGAACCAACCGGCAGAACCUGGAGAAAGCUUUCCAAAUUGCAGAACGGCAGCUCCGUAUCCCCAGAAUGCUCGACCCGGCUGAUGUGGAUGUGCGGGACCCAGAUGAGAAGUCCAUUAUGACUUACGUUGCCCAGUUUCUCCAGUACUCCAAAGACAUGCCCGUGCCUGAGGAAGACACACAGGCUCACUAUCUGACCCCUCCCCAGUGCCUUUCACCCAUCAAUCUGCCCAGCAACUUCACUCCUGCCAUCUCUGCCUCUCCUCUCCGACAGACCUCAGCCAAUCAGAAGGCUCAGGAGGUGACCUGCUGGCUAGAACAGGCCUAUCAGGAGCUUCUGGAGGGAUGGGAGUCCACAGAGGGUGAAAGCUAUGCAGAGAGAUACCACGUGUUCCAGACAUUUGUGGUGUCCUUCAAUGAGCAGCGUCGGCCUGUGAUGCCGUUGCUAACAGCGAUGAAGCGAACGCCUCAGCCGAGUGAAGAACAGAGAGCGCUGAGAAGAGCAUGGGACUCCCUGGCAGAGAAAUUACGUGAGUAUAAGACAGAGCUGGACCUCAGUUUGCCUGCUCCGUUGGAUGCAACCGGUCGCUGGUUGCUGAGGGUGGAGGAGGUUUUGGCUGAUGAGGAGAGUGAUCCAUCAGACCACACCCAGGCCGCAGCAGAAGCCAGAGAAAAGCAAGAACUGCUAAAGAUAUGUUUAGAGGAGAUGUCACAACAUGUGAGGACCUUCCAGAGGUUCCAGAACAUGGAUGACUAUGGGGAGAUGCUGGUGCCCACUGACAAACUGGAGGAACUGAAACGAAGGUUCACAAGUGUUCGAGUCACAGCCAAGUAUCAUGGUAUUAAGCUUGAAUACCAGGAGCAUAGGCAUACAGUCCUAGACUUACUGGGUCAGCUUAGCGGCAAACUACGCACCUGGAAAAGAGCAUACAUUUCCCGUGAAGCCGUGCGUGUACUGAUGGAGGACUGGAAUCAAACAGUGAACAAGCGGGAACUCAUCUCAAUGCUAGAGACAUCUCUUCAGAAACUUAAGCAAAUUGCCAACAAAUACACCAGCAAAUCCGCCUUGGCGGCAGACUCCAGUCGUGUUAGCCAUCAGGUGAAAGAACUAGAGGCGGAGAGUGCAGUGACCAUAGAUAGAGUGAAAACUGUGAAAGGCACCUUAAAAAGAGUGCUGACUUCCUGGGACUCUUACUCCGACUGCUAUAGUUCCCUCUACGCAUGGCUAGAACAGAGCUCUCAAACACACAGACACGGGCAAAGAGUAGAGGUGACAGCGGAGCUCAUGGAAGAGUGGAGCUCUCGCCAGACUCGCCUGAAUGAGGUUGGCAGUUUCCUCACGGAUGUGACCGAUACCCACACAAGCCGUGCCAUCUCAGACGACCUGUGUAAGGUCAACCUGCUCUGGGCAGACUUUGUCAAGCGAGUCCAGUUUGACCUUGUUGAGGAGCCCAGCAGAGAGCCAGCAAGGCCACACACCCUGCAGGCUCUAAUGAGAGAAGCUACACAGUUACUAAAGGAGCCAGUGGAGGUGAUGUCAGGGCCACUGUGCACCUACAAGAAACGACUUCAGUUUAUGAUGAAAAAGAUUGAAGAUGUCGACCUGGAUCCCAUUAUGCCGUCGUCAGAGUGCUCAGCUGAAACUCUGUCAAAACUGAAACAGGCCAUCCCUGAGGUGCUGCAGACGCUCAGUGAGGCAGUGCAGGUGUGUGAGGAGCUGCAGCAGAGCGUGUGUGGGCUGGAUAUUCGACUGGCUGAACUCCUGCAUUGGGAGGCUGAGGCCAGAGAACUCUACCAGGUCUUGAAGGAGGCACCACACAGACACAAACGAGGCCAGGAUCCCCGAGCCAGGCUCUUGAUUUCUAAAGGCCUGCAGCUGGAGGGGCAGGUGGUGACGGAGGAGCAGGAUCUGCAGGUGAUGGUGAUGAAGGACCAGAAGAGCUCUCCGCUACAGUACCUCAUUGCCUCUACCAUGCAGGACAGGGUCCGAAAUGCCGUUGCACAGUCUCAGGAAGCUGUAGGGAUGCUCAGCUCUUUGGGGGUUUUGAGAGACCAGCCCACAGGCAACCAACCUCCAGCCAAGAUUUUUUCUACUGAACAAACACGCUCUAAAUCCCCAACUCAGCCACUACCUAUGAUAGUAGUACAGGAAUAUCAAGAGGAAAACAGAAGUCCACCACCUCAAGCGUAUUCCUGUGCACAAGUAGCGGACCAAACACAGGCACAAAUACAGCAGCAGUCCAAACCUCAACCCCAGCACACCCGACCCCAACCUCCUAUCCAGAGCCAAAUGGGCGUGGAAACUCAAGAUCAGACACAAGUUCCACAAUGGGCUCCAGUGAGACAAAGCAUAGUGACUCACCCUUACCCAAGUACCCAAGCUCUAGGUCAAACACCAGCGCAAAUUCAUCCCCCUGGAAGCCAUCCCCCAGUAAGUUAUCCCCCGGUGCAAAGCCAAACUCAGUCACAGUGUCAGAGCCCUCCUCAACAGUGGGGCCCUAUUCAACCACAGCCCCCUCUCCAAACCCAAACUCAGCCAAAGUUCCCAACCUAUGCCCAGGUGACAGCUCAGCAACAGUGGAUCAGACCACAAACUCAAGCUCCAGUGAGGCCCAAAACUCAGGUUAUGCAGCAGCCUCAGGUCAGGCAGCAUCAAGGUGCUCAACCCACACCUGAAGGGCCAUUUCAGGGUUAUAUCCAGAGCCAAGUUCCUCAGGCCCAAGUCCAGACCCAGGCACAGUCAGAGGCUCUGAUAAAGGAGCAACCCAAAGUGCAGCCAGCGCCGCGGGUCAAGCCCCCUGCUCUUGCCCAAGCACCACCUCAGGCCUACACUGAGGCAUAUGCAAAAGCGCAGGCUCUUGCCAGGAAUAGGUUUGAGGAGGCAAAGCACUGUCUGCAGGACCACAUCCUAGAGGCCAUCAAUGUCUUCAAGGACAAACAGAUAUCAGAGGAGCAAGCACCAGUAAAGGAGGAGACGCUGAGGGCUCUGGAUCCAGAGCUCCUGGAGGAGUUCCUGAGAGCCGCAGAGGGUAUGGAGGCUUUCUGUACCCCGUCUCAACUUCGAGACAUGGAGUUUUUCACACAGUCUGUCAGGACACAGUGGGAGGCAUGUUUCUCUGCAAAGGGCAGUCUUGCCCAGGCCGGGCAGCAGCUGGAAGCUCUGAAGGAGCUUUGUGAAACCCUGAGCCCAGAGGACGCUCACAGGCUGGCACAGGCCCAGCUGAGGGAGUGUGAGAAGAGGCUUGCUGCCAUCCAGCGUCAGUUCAGCGGUGACCGUGACACGCCACCAGAGGCUGGGUUACUUGUUGAAGUACCACCUGAGACUCCACCACAGGGAGGGUCUACAGCACCAGUCAAGCAGAAUACAGCUCCUGUCACCAAAGAGGCCACACCAGUCUCUUCCCGACCGCGGACAGUGGAGAAGAGAGCCAUCGUCAAAGAGCCAAGCUCUGAGGAGGAUACUGCCAAACAGGAGGUGCUUGAAAGGUACCGGAGCUCCAGAUUUGCCCUUCAGGCUCAGUUGAACAGGAAUGAACAAAGUAUGCUGGGAGAUCGUCCCUCAGACUCAGCCACACCCGCAGAUCUCCAAAAAUUCCUUAGAGAGUUGAAGGCUCUCAAAGAGGAGACGGAGCUUCUGUGGUCUGAUUAUGAAGUCCAGUGUACCCAGUGCUCCCAGUUUAAAAGUCACGAACGUUCAGUGGAGCAGGAGCAAGCAGAACUCACACUGAAAUGGAAAGAGCAGAGGACCCAGCUACACAGCAGGGUGGACUCUCUUGGUUCAGCUCUUGAGCUGAUGGACUCAAUUGAUCAACGGAUACCAGAUAUUUCCGAACGACUGGACGCGUUCAUCAAAGAGCCAAAAGACAUCAAUGGAUACACUCUGGCUAAGACGAAUAUCUUGAAGGAUAUAAAGGACCUGGAUGAGAACAUCCAGACUGAACUGGACCGGCUGUCGCGCUUUGACUCUGAGCCCAGUAACCUGGAUCUGAGGGACCGCUCCCCCUUGACCCAGGUGGUCCUGGCCCACAGAGCCGAACUGGACAAGCUGAGGCAGCAGGUGCGAAAGAGCGAGGCUGCAGCUCAUGCUCUGGACCGUUUCCUCUUGUCUCUGCACACAGUGGACCAGGACAUCUCCUGUGUGCACAGCCUGCCCUGCAGCGAGCUCGCACAAGCACAGGACAGCCUAUCCAAGCUGGCUCUUAUCCGGAAAGGGGUGGGCAGCCUUAGGGACAAAGCCCCACAGCUGGACCGGCUGUUGGAGGGGGCCCGACUGACAGUAACUUGCAAUGGCUCUGCAGUGUGUUGCCUGGAUAUGGUGGAGGCACUGGUGGGAAGGGUGGACAAGGUGGAGAAGCGUCUGGAAGCCCGUCAGCAGGAGCUCCACAGGGGACACCAGAGUCUGUCUCUCAGGCUCAGGGGGAAGAACCUGCUGGGGGAGCUGAGGAAGGUGCAGGGUCUACUGGAGAAACAGGGUCUGAAGGAGCCCACCUUGCCAGCAGUACAGCACAGGAUACGAGCUCUAUCAGAACUGGAGACUGACCUAAACUCACUCUGUCCUGAGUACCAGAGCCUCAGGGAGGCUUUAGCACAGCAGUCCCAGGAAAUGGGUCCCCCUGGUGUUGAGGAGGAGGAACUGCAGUCCCUUUGGGAGGAUACUCAGAGAGCUUUGUCUCAGAGACAAGAAGAGUGCGACUGUCUCAUGGACCUGCUGAAAAAGUUCCAGGGUUGUCGUGGUUACCUGAGCAGCACUCUUCAGAGAGCAGAAAACACCAUUGGUGAGCAGGCCUCUUACAUGGGCAAAGACAACCUUCAGCGACUUAUCACAAAGGUCCAUGGUAUAAAGGAGGACCUAAGUGGUCUGGGACCCAAAAUGGAAGAAUUCAGAGCCAUGUGCAGACAGUUGCAGGCUCAGCUGAAGAAAAUCCCUGACUGCUCAGAAACGCCAUUUGAGGCUGAAGCAGAUGCUCUGGUGGACUCAUGGCUUGAUGUGACAGAGAAGACAGAUGCCUAUAUGGACAACCUGCAGGUGGGCUUGGAACUGUGGGAGAAACAGCUCAUGUUGGGUGGAGAGGUGGACACCUGGGCAGGUGCCAAAAUUCGCAUGUUUGCAGAACUACGCCCUUUCAGCAGCGAGAAGGAAGUGCUUGAAAUGAAGGAUGAGAUCCAGACUGAGGAGAAGAACAUUCAACAUUUCCAUAAGAAAUCAUUGGAGAUCCAGGAAAUGCUACAGUCCAAAGAGGCCCCACUAGAGCUACAGGUGAUGGAGACUGGAUUGAGGAAGAAGAUGGAUCAGGUGAAGGAACUCUUCUCUGAUUGUAAUGCCGUGUUUCAGGAGAUGCUCACUGUGAGAGCUCACCUAACUCAGCGAAUGGCCGGCCAUCAGUCGUCUAUCCGAAACAUCCACUCAGCAGUCAGCAGACAGAGCUCAGAACAGCUACAGGAACUGUCUGAGCAGCUGCUGGAGCAAGAGGAGCACUUGGACUCCCUAGUGAAGGAGAUCAGCCUGAUGUCCAGUGUGGCAGGACCUGCAGCUCUGCAGGCUCUGACCAGAGAGAGCCAACACCUGGAGGAUUUAAUCACCAAGACCCGAGACGACAUUCAUCAGCAGAGGGAGCAUGGGAGGAAGGAGUUCCAACAGUCCAUCAAAGAUGAAUGCCAGUCAUUUGAAGACUGGUUGCAGGACCUGCAGCUGACUGUGAACGAAUGCUUUGAGAACCCAGAGAGAAAAGAGGAUGUGGAGGCAUCCAUACAGAAACUUAAGAAUUUUCUGUCCUCUAAGGAAGGGGAGAGGCGUCUGACUCAGCUGAGGGAGAAAAUAGAGAGGAGCAGAGAGGAGAAAUCAACUCCAGGGAACUCUCUGAAUUUCUCCCCCUGGUUUCAGGAACAGGAGUGUGAACUGGCUACCUUUAGAGCUCACUGCCAGGGAAGGCAUGGCAAACUGGAAGACAUUCUUCAUGACCUGAAAAAGUUAGAAGAAGAGUACAGCCAUUUGAAGGAAUGGCUUCAACCCAGAGAAAGGCGGUCUGAACAGGGAGAAAACAUCAGACAACUUUAUGAAAGUUUUCUUCAGGAAAGUGGCCAAGCUGAGGCAUUCAGCAGUUUACUGUCCUCUGUGAAGAAACACGGUCUGAGAGGAGAACCCUUGCUCAGAGAUAGUCAGAUCUUGCUGGAGAAGUUCCACAGCCUCAGUUCUUUCCUUGAGAAGCAGACUCAAGCCCUCAGGUCUCUGGAGGAGGAGCUGGAGGCCUUCCAAGCUGAGGAAGAGGGCCUCCAAAUGUGGAUCAGAGAACAGCAGCAAAGGCUGGAUUCACUGAGGAGAGACACUCAAAUACAGGAGAGGCUCAGCAGAGCACAGGCCGUUUUGAAACUGCGUGCUGAGGGUGACUCAAAACUGGCUGCUCUCGGGAGGAGAGGGGAGAGUGUUUGUGAAUGUGAACUCCUUGAGGAAAAUAAGAGGUGCACACUCCUACAGAAGCUCAGAGACGCAGAGGGGGACUGGAGAAGAGUUCUGCAGUCUGCCGAGGACCAUAAGAACCAAGCCGAGCUCCAGGAUUCCUUUAAAAAGGAACUCCAGGCCUUCCAGGCCCAGGGUGAGGGCACUCGAUCCUGGGUGAGAGAACUGAAGCAUGGUCUUGACUCUCUGGACAAAGACCCUCACAUACAGGAGAAAAUGAGGAGAGCCCAGGUUGUUUUGAACUUACAUCAUGAGGGUAAGUCAAAGCUGGCAGCUCUGAGGAGAAAAGCAGAGAGUUUUGGUGAACAUCAGCAGCUGGAGGAGAAGAGCAGACAUGCUCUCCUGCAGAUGGUGAAAGAUAUAGAGGAGGAGUGGAAAGCAGUUCUCCUGGCUGCACAGGAGCUGCAGAGUCAAGCAGAGCUCCAGGACUCCCUCAGGAGGGAGCUGGAGGCUUACCAACUCCAGGAGGAGAUUACUCGAACCUGGAUCGGAGAGCUGAAGCGCAAACUGGACAGUGUUGACAAAAGCACUCAUGGGACCAAGGACCCGACUAAGGAGAGCUUUGUGCAAGCACAGGCCAUUCUCAAUCUGUGUCCUGAGGGUGACUCAAAACUGGCUGCUUUGAGGAAGAAAGCCAGUAACAUUUGCGAACUCAAACAUCUUGAGGAGGGUAGGAGACACAGACUCCUGGAGGUGCUCAGAGAGACAGAGGAGGAGUGGAGCAGAGUCCAGCAGGAUGCUCGAGAGCUGAGGAACAAACUGGAACUUCAAGACUCUUUCAGCAAGAAGCUACAGGCCUUCCAAGACCAGAGAGAGAGCACUCAAGCCUGGGUCAAAGAGCUGAAACAGAGGCUGGAGUCUAUGGAUAAGAACACUGGGGUCCAGGAGAGGCUCCAGAGAGCUUAUGCUAUUCUGAAUUUGCAACCUGAGGGUGAGUCAAAGCUUGAAGCUCUGAUGAGACAAGGGGAGAGCAUCUGUGAAAGCAAACAGCUAGACGAGAACAGUGGGCAUGCAUUAUUGCAGAUGGUGAGAGACAUAGAGGACGAGUGGAGUGCAGUUCUGCUGGCCGCCCAGGAACUGCAAAGUCAGGCAGAGCUGGAGGACUCCCUCUGCAGGGAGGUGGAGGCACUGCAGGCAAUGGAGGAAAGCACCCAAUCCUGGAUCAGAGAGCUGAGGCAUAAACUGGACAGCAUUGACAAAAGCACUCAUGGAAACAAGGACCAGAUUGAGGAGAGAUUUAUGCAGGCUCAGGCAAUCUUGAACUUGCGUCCAGAAGGAAAUGCCAAACUUGCAGCUCUUAAGAGGAGAGUGGAGAGUGUGUGUGCAUGUGAGGAGCUGGAGGAGGACAGGAAACACACAUUCUUUCAGAAACUGAGAGAGGCAAUGGAGGAGUGGAGAGACAUGUUACAGUCUUCACAGGAACUACACACUCAGCUGAGGAGCGUGAUGGAGCGCGUGGUGUCCGCUCAAUGCCAGUGGCAGCAAACCCAGGCCCGUUUGGACCGGCUGAAGCAGCAGGCGGCGGGCUUACCUCAGCUGUUCUCAUGGCCUGGCCUGGGGGAGAGGAGGCAUGUGAUGGAGCAGGUCCAGAGUCUAUUGGACCGCACCAAAUCACUCACCACGACACUCUCAGCACUGCGGGCCCAGGGCAGGGAGAUGCACCAGCUGACCCGUGACCAGAGCUGGACUGACUCAUCCUGGACGGCCAUGGAAGAGUGCGUUCCUGUUCUACUCAACAAACUUAAGGAGGCCUAUGAGUGUCUGGAAGAGGGCAUACAUGCAGAAAGACUCUGUACUCAGUUGGUGGAGCAGCACAACGCGGCUCAGGAUUGGCUAACAGAGCAGGUCAAAGGUCUUGGACCAUUACCUUCAGACCGACAGGCGUUACAAGGAGCCAUCAACACUCUGAAGGCCCUGCUCCAAACUGCUGAUCGGGAGGAGAGAGAGAUGAAAGAGCUGAACACUGCCAAAGACUCUCUGCUGAAGUUCUGUACACCUGGCGGUCGUGACGCACUGACACUAGAGGUCAACCACCUCCAUGAACUCUGUGCUGCUUCAAAGACGGAGAUUUGUGAGAGACUGGCUGUUUGUGAGGCCAGACUGGCCGACAUGGAGCUCAGGCUAAGAACCAGGGCACAGGGUUUCAGAGAGCUGGCAGAGGGUCUCCAGAAACAACUCCGGGACACUGACCACUCACUUGACUUGGAUGAAGGGCUGAGGAACAUUGGUGAGCUGCAGGAGAGAUGGCAUCAUUUCAAGUCUUGUGAGAAGACCCUUGAAGAUUUAGAGGGUAAAGUUCGUGAACUAGGUAAGGGUCUUCACAUGGUGCCUUCUGAUGAAGACCUGCCUGGUAAUGUGAUCUCUAUCAUGGACAGUGUGACACAACAGUACUGCAGUUUAAGGUCCAAACUGUUGGAUAGGCAGAAUGGCUGUGCUGACAGUAUUGUGAGGUGUGCCAGGGAGUCUCUUCAUGCUUUACAAAACUGGAACCAGUCAGUUCAAAGAGAACUUCUCACCAAGUCCAAGUCCUCCAUACAGGAUAUGCUAGAGCAUGGUGCAAGACUACAGAAGGAUCUGCAGGAGGUGCUGUCUCACCAGCUGAGAGAUUGCCUGGGAUGUGAGCUGGCAGCCAAGCUCGACAGAGACAGCAUACACACACUAAAGGAGAUGGAUGCACACACAUGUGAACUCAAACAGAAGCUACAGGACUUGGCUGAGAAGCACAAGCAGGAGAUCCUGAGAUCCUCAGUGGAAAUGCAACCAAUCUCAGUCUACUCACAGGUUUCCAGUGUAUAUGAAGAAAGGCCAAGCCCAAUUAAAGGGACCCCUUCAACCAGCAAGGUUGAGUCUGAUCUGUCAAAGCAAUCAGAUAUUCCUCCAUCUCCCCUGACAGUGGAGAGCUUUGUUAAAAUAGAGGACAGUGAAUAUAUGCAACCCUCUGAGAGCAUUAUUACACAAAUUCCUGUUUCAUUCAGUCCAGAGGUUCCCCCAAAAGCAGAAAGACCUACCAGAGCUAAACCCGUAGCUGCGAUAGUUUUGGAGGCUUAUGACUCUGGACUCCAGACAAUUGAACUUCCAACCACAGUGACCCCCCGACCACCCACAGUGGUCAGUGUCUCUCCCAUUUCAGUGAAUGUCUCUGAAGAGCAUGAGGGACAGAGUGAGUGGAGGGUUGUAAAGAUCACUGUGGAUACUGAAGCCCAGGAGAGGCAAGAGCCACAGGUCCAGAGAAUAGGCUCAGUCUGUGAAAGGACUGAUCAUACAACAGUUCCCCCAGAUAGUGGUAAAGACCUCCCUGUCCAGUCCUCACACAAGGAAAGCUUAUCAGAGACACAAAGUGGACAUGAAGAUGCGCAAGAAAAGUGCCCAUAUAUACCUGACAUUCAAGGUAACCAUUACAAUGAAGACACACAAUCACCAUCAAAAAAGAAAGUGACUGCCCUCUUUUUGGAUACUGACACAGUGCACAUGCAGUGUGGUCAGACAGUGAGUCCUACACAUAGUGACACAACACGAAUUGUCUCAGCUGGCACUGUGGGGUAUGAUAGCUCAUACUUCCAGCCAGAAUUCAAGCUGAAUACUGAAACUCUGAUCUCUUCAACUUCGAAGGAUGCUGUUGUAGAGAGUAGUUAUAUAACAGAGGAGAGGCAUCAAACGCCACUUAGUGCACAAGGACAAAUAAGCGAUGAGGACCAUUUCAGUGAGAUAGACCUUGAAGAACUACCAGAGGAGAUGACAGAUGCCAGAGCUGAUGGAGGUGCUAAGAGUGCCGAGAAAGUGAUUUCUCCCACUCUACUAUACCGGACAGUAUCUACCGAAGGAGAAAAUAAUAGAACUCUGCCUUCUCAAAAUCUUUCAGCCCAACCCAUUGAAACACAUGUAGCUACUGGAGAUUUAAGGACCUUUUCUCGGGAUAACGGACCAUAUGAACCGCAACCUAUCGGAACCUGGACCACAGAUAACGGCCCUCAGGGGCUUCGAGGAGGAGUGGAACCACUGGGUGUAGAAAAUGUGACAGCAGAUAAUGGUCCUCGUGAAAUUCAACGUCGAUACAUCAUUUUAGACAGGCCAUCUGAGCAGGACAUACCGAGAGACACUGCUACUGAGGCUAACAUCCCUUGGUUGGACAUAUCUGCCAGUCAACCAGUUGCAACAGACAUACCUUUAACUGAACCUGCAGAGUCAGAGGGUGAGAGGAAAGCAAGUGGUAUGGAGCAGAUGGAAAAAGACUCUAAUAUUCAGACCCCUGAACCACUAACUGAGAGGGAAGAUGUGAAAAGAGAACCACUCACAGCCAAGGAGAAAUUGGACAUGCUAAAGAGUAAGCCAGUACCACCAAGCAGGCAAAAGAAAGACUCCUCAAAUGAGAAGAUUUCUCUUUACACUGAAGACACUACAGAAGAAGGUGGAGGAAACAUUGCUAUUUCAAGGGUAAAACUGUCAGCCUUCGCUUCAGAGCCUCAGAGAGAGGAAGGACAAGCAAUGGACCAAAAGUUUGAUAUUGAUGAGACAAAGGGGAUGUCAUUAGCUGACAAAACACUGUCGACGGAGGAUGAGUCCUCACCAACUCCACCGACCAGACAAGGGAAAGAGGGCAAUGGGUUGUCAUUAAGUCUAGAAACCCAAAUAGAGCAAGCCAAGGUCUUACCAACCCCGCCAAGCAGACGACGCAAAGAGAUGUCAGGAAAUGAGAGGUUUUCCGUUAAUCUUGAAGACCAACCAACUCCACCAGCAAGACAAAAGAAGGGGAGGGGAGAAGGUGAAAUGUUAUCCACUUGGGAGGUCCAACCAACACCUCCAGCAAGAAGACACAAAUAUAAACCAGAGGAUGUUAUUGUAAAGCCAACCCCACCGAUGAGACGAAAGGCUAGUCACGUUGAGGGUGAUGUGGCUGACUCCAGACUUCUGGUGGGAGAGGAAACUAUGGUUUUGCCAAUGCCACCAACUAGGAGAAGAGACAGCAAAACUGAGAGUGAGAAAACAUCGGCAGAACCUAAACCAAAACUUGAAGAAACAAUGGCUAAACCAACUCCACCACUGAGGCGAAAAGAUAGCAGAGUAGAUGGUGAAAAUGUAUCAGUACCAACAUCCCCAAAUCAGCAAAGCAAAAAUAAAAUCGAAAUAGAAAAGAUGUCAGUAAAAGAAGAGGAGAUUUUGGUCAAACCAACUCCACCAGUCAGACGAAAGGAGAAGGUUGAUGUUGGUAAGAUGUCUGCAAAUUUAAAACAAAGUGAAUCUGAUGGCCAACCAAUCAGUAAACAGGAAGACAAAGUGGAGGCUGAGAUUAAAUCACUCACUGACCAAGAUGAACCUGAGGUGGCACAAGGUUUUGCUGUAAGGGCAACAGCACUUGCAGAAGAUUUGAGUCAGAUAGAGGGAGCUAGUGUGGUGAAGGAGCCUGUAGAUUCCAGUAUUCAAGAUUCAAGUACAAGCCAGUCUCUUGUAGGUGUUCAAACUGCCUUUGGUGAUGGGCAUACUGAAAGCCUGCCCCAGGAAGAGGAAGAGCCCCUGGGUCCCACAAUGCAGGACAUCUUCACCGAGAUCCAGCAACUGACUCAGACAAACCUGCAGAGUUUCCUUUCGGAGGACAAAUCUCGUGAGGAUCCAUGGACUCUGGAUACUUCACUCCCUGAUCUUGAGGCUCAGCUGAACAGACUGGUUUUCAACAUACUGUGUUGUCACAACCAACCAGCAGAUCUCAGUGUUGUAAAUACAGCCAGACAAGUGGAGGAAGCUGAGUAUUUUAAGCAGAGUGCUCAGAAACAGGUGUCAGCACUCUCCAAGCAAGACCUAAGUGAUGCUGAUGUUAGCCCUCAUGACACAAUUCAAGAACCUGAGGCCACACAGCAACUAGCGAAGCGGUGGAGAGCAGUGCUCUGGGAUGCUGCUGCUGCUGUCCAGUCCAAGGAGGCCCAGCUGCAGCUUGUUUCUCACUACACCAGACAAACUCAGAAUGUUAAAGAUACUCUGCAGACGCUGACUGCUGAGUUUGAGACACUGAGGACAUCUCCCAUUGAGAGCUGUUUUGUUGAUGAGGAGAAACUGCAGUCAUUACUAAGAGACAUGGAGCAGGAGAGGAAUGUUCUGGGUCAGCUCAUUCAGACACAUGCCUUGCUGUCACCUUACCUCAGUCAGUCAGACAGAAUGGCUGCACAGACUCAACAGAACAGCUUGCAGGAAGAAUGGAGGGCGCUGCAGAGAUCAAUCGAGAAGGCCCUCCAUCUUGUCAAGGCUUAUGCCACAGAGAGUGCACACCUCCUCCAGGAGACCAAUGCUCUGUCGGACGACCUGGAUGCCCUCAGUCAGGGUCUAGAUCAGAUAGAUCCAGAAUCUUGGGAUCGUCAGAAGGCCCAACAGUCCAUAAGUCUUGCAGCUGACCUCACUGCUGCUCAGCAAUGCUACCUCCACCUACAGCAAAGCUCAGAAGCUGUGGCUCAGGCUGGUCAGUGGAAGACAGAGCAAGCCAAUAUAGAGCAAGGCCUUCAAAAUGUCAAAGAUAAGCUUGACAUGUUAGGGGAGCGAAUUGCAACCAAAAUGCCUAAAUGUAAGAACCCAACAAUGGGUAAGAUAGUGAAAGUGCUGACAGAUGCCCUGGCCUGGGCCAAGCAGACAGAGAGUGACAUAGAGGGUAGACGGAAGAAGGUUGCUCUGCUUCCAGAGGAGGUGCACCGGCAGGUCAAAGACCUGAAAAAGGUGCAAUCAGAAAUUAGCUCUAAACAAACUCAGCUGGAGGCUUUGGUGGAAGAAGUUACGGAGCUUAUCCCAGAGCUGGACGAAGCCGACGUUCCCUUGGUAACAUCAUCUCUUGAGAAUCUCAAGGGGCUCUCCAAGUCAACCUCGGAAAAACUUGCCCGGGCUCUUCAUGAAAAGGAAUCUGGUCUCCAGAUGAGGGAAAAGUUGUCAGAGCAGAUGGCGGAUGUCAAGUCCUGGGUAGUGGGGUAUCUCCAGAAGGAGGCUCUGAGAAGAGAGGACAUUGAAAGCCUGAGAGCCAAAGAUCUGGACAGGAGGUUAUAUGAGGUCCAGGAGACACUGGGCAAAGCAGAGGAACAUGCUGCAUUCACUGAGGCACUCUUGAUGAAGAGUAGGGAUAUGGCAAUAGAACUCACUAUCUUGGAAAAUUGCCUACUUAAUGAAAAGCUCAUUAAGCUACGGGAGGACAUUAAAGGAAUCAUCACACGUGAGAAAGCCUGUAACCGUGAGAUAAUGGAAUUUCUACAUAAUAAGGACUCUUCUCAGAAGAAAAUCACUUCGCUUGAGAAGAGCUUAAGACAAAUGCUGGUGGAUCUGAAAAAGUAUAGAUUCCCUGUUACCAGAGUCUCUCUGUCAGAUACAGAGCAGUUCAAACACACGAUUAUAGAGCAGAAAUGUCAGGUGGAACAACUUCAUCCCUGUGGAGAGGACAAGAGGAAAGCGCUGCUUUCUAUGAUUGCUGAAUUACACCGCAGAAUGAAUGCUUUGGACUGGCGAGCACAAAAACACGAGAGGUACCUGAGCUUGAGGCAGUCUUUGAAGAACCAGAGGGAAAAUCUUGAGGCCCAAGUUCCACGGACUAAAGAUGAAAGCUUUAGCAAAGAGGAGCGCUACAGGACUUGCCAAGUCCUCCUGAAUCAAAUCCUUCUGAUUAUGCAUCUGUGUGAGAGGACUAAAGAUGAGCUUCAGAACAUCUCCCAAGAUCUUUACCCAUCUGAGCUGAGUGCUGAACAGCAGAGGCUCAGGGAGACUCUAGACAGACUGAAGACCUGGGAGAUGGCUAUCCAAAAUAACCUCCAUAUCGUGGAAUGGGACCUUCUUAAAGGGGUUCAUUAUGCCUCACAAUGUAAAAUUCUGGGCAAGUUCCUCAAGCAGGCCAACCAAACACUGGACAAGCCAUGUAAGAUUGACUUGAGGGAGGAAGUCAUUGAUAAAGAACUCAUGAAGUAUAAGAGUCUCAGGAGAGACGUUGAAUCUAGAUUACAUGUACUUGAAAUCAUGAGAAACAAGAGAGUAGUUGGGUAUGAAGAGAAGCAACAUGAGUUCAAAGACCUAGUGGACAUGAAGAAAAUCAUCUUGAAUAAGAUUGACCAACGAAUGGAGAGCCUAUCUGAGGCAAAGAAACUGUUGAGGAAUUACAUCUCCGAAGUGGCUGGUGCCAUCCAUUUCCUUCAGGGAGCAGCGUUGAUGCUCCUUCCAUCCUUGUGCUCUGCCAGAAGCUGUUCAGAGAGACUGAAGGACACCCAAGAGGCUUGGUCAAGACUGGACACAGAAUUCCAGUCCCAUGUCACCCAGCUCCAGAAUAUAAUCCCAGAUCACCCCUUUUUCUCCUUGCAGAAAGUGCAGCGUCUGCACAGUUUCAUUCUAAGUCAGCUUAUAGUGCAGCUGUCCACACUGAAAGGACAGGCCCAGUUUAGACUGGAGGCUCUGCAGAGGUGUGUUGACUGUCAGAGAACCUCACGGAAACGCUAUGAAGACUUUUGCCAGUGCAUCAGGGACAUGGAGACAACACUCUCUGAAUGUGCCUCUUUCAAGAUUACCUCACAUACAGAUUGCAUUGAACAGCAAAAGAAACUAAAGGCUUUAGUCAAGGACGUGAGCUACCUGCUAGAAAAACUAAAACAGCUGAGAGAGUGGUGUCCAAAUCAGGGUUGCCGUGCCAACAGGGAUAUUGCGGCCAGGGCCCAAUGGGUCCAGGUGGAGAGAUUACGGUGCUUUUCACAGGAUCUUUACAAACAUUCAGAGCAAAGAGAACAAGAAUGGAGCGACAUUACAAAAAGUGUGGAGCGGUCGUCCAUCAUUUUGGAGCAGAUGGAGGCAGAGCUGCCUGAAGGAUGUAAAGAGAAGGCCUUGGAGGAGGAACUUCAGGAGCAGCUCCAAUACUGGGCCCAGUACCAGGACAGACUGGACUGUGAACAACGCGCCCUCUCUGCUCUUGAGCUUCGGGUCGCCAGGUUACUGGGAAUCCCCACCCACCUGGAGCAAGCUCCAUCUGUUCUACUCUGCCAACAGUUGCAGGCCAUGCAGGAGCGGUACCACAGCCUGAAGCAGCAGAGUGUGCAAGGGUGUAAGACAACUCGUUCAGAGAUGGAAGCGAGAGAGAAGGUGCGGCAGGAGCUACAGGGUAUCAGGGAGUGGCUGACGGCGACUGUAACACUCCUGUCAACGCUGGACGAAGCUUCUAGCUCAAAAGAAAUCCAGGAGGUUCACUCUGAGCUGUGCUCCCAGAAGGCCAUUCUACAGCGCAUCAUGGAAGGUCUGAGGAUGAAGUACUCAGACCUGUACGCUCUGGUUCCCGUGGAGAUAGAGGGACCGCUGCAGGAAGUUUUACACACACUGCAGGAACUCGAGGAAGAGGUGGAGGAGGCCGUGGAGAGGAGUGGUCCAAUCCACAGACUGGAAGGGAAAGUGUCAGAACUAAGAGCCAGUCUGGGAUCCGUGCGGAGCAGAAUGGAGCAGAGGAGCCCCACUGUCAGUGAGGCAGAAAAGACACAGAAGCUGGUGUGGGAUGAGUUGGAUAUGCUACACUCUCGCCUGGCUGCGUUGGAGGUGGAGGUGCAGGAUCUCAGUGAGGAGCACUCAGAGGAGUCACGGGCCCUCACAGAGAGGCUGUCAGACACAAAGGAGCUCUACACACGCCUCGCCAAGCAGGCGGAGCAAAGGACCGCCCUCCUCAGCAAGAUUCAUGGCUGGCUGCAGGAGCAUGAAGAGAUGGUGCGUAGCUCUCAGUCCUGGCUCACAGAGGCUCAGUCCUGGCUCACUGCUCCCUGCACAUACACCACCGCCAAGUGUCUGGACAGUCACGUGAAUGCACUGCAGAUGGUUCUGGAUGACUCGGCACAGAUCCGGGGCACCUUGCAGGGCUUUGGGAGCGUGCUGAAGGAAAUGGCGACUGUGUGUGAGACCAGUGAUUUACAGGAGCAGCUGAGUGAGGCCGAUCACCAUGUGGCUUCUAUGCAGCAGAGUUUCAUAGGACCUCUGGCCCAGCUACAGCAUGCCGCCGCUGAAGUGGAUGCCAUUGAAAUGGAGAUGAAAGUUAUGGAGAAAGACAUAAAUGACAUCAGAUCACUGCUGCUCUCUGAGGAGAUCACCCCUUCCUCACACAACAAGCUCAAGACGGCCCAGGACCAGCUGAAGCUGAUGAAGAGAACAGUGGAGGAGAUCCAGAGAUGUCAGUCUGGACUCUGUCUUCCUGAUGGAGCUGAGAACAAACUCGCUGUGUUCUCCAGAGCAGAGCAACUCCUGCAGCAACUACUGGAACUGCAACAGCUGCUGCUUGAAAAGUAUGCAGAAGUCACAGAGCCCUCUAGUGCUUCACCUGGGAAAACUCCUACACACAGUCUGCCCCCUGCCAUAACUGAGGAGGCACAGGAGGAUGGGCUGGAGCAGGAGCAGGGUCAGAUUCACAUUGCCCAUGUGGAGGAUGACGUGCUGAAGAAGUCUGGAGCCACGCUGAUGACUGUGGAGGAGUCAUCUCCUAAGGAGAGACACACCCAGGGGGAGGAGAAGAGCAGCCAGGCCAAGAAAGUCUGGGAUGUGUUGGUGAAUGAGGAGAGUUCUGGGAGAGUAAAAGAGGAAGAGGAGGAGGCUGAUGAGGAUAAAGAAAACCCUUUGUAUGCACCACCCACCGAUACUUCCCCUAGCUGUCCCACUGACACUGAGGAUACAGAGAGUGUCAAAGCACAGGGUAUGGAACAAGCUCAACAAAGAACAGAUCCCAAGGCAGUAGUGGGCCUGUCUCUUGCCUCGGGGAUGAGCGUGUCGGAAGCUUUAUCAAAACCUAUGGCCCCAGUCAGAGCGCAGUCUCUUCCCCGAGACCUGGCCGUGGGUGAAGCUCUGACCCCCGCGGGGGGGCCCCGCCCCACCCACUGGCUGCACCAUGCUUACAGACAAAGGGCAGGCCAGCUGGAGCAGUGGCUAGAGAAGGCCCGUCACAGCCUAGAGGUCCUCCAGCACCUCCCCACACCGACCGACUCCACUGCUGCCGUCAUGCAGGAGAGUGUGGAAGACCAGCUCCUCAGCUGCCAGGAGAUUUUUCAGGAGAUAGAGCAGAAAGUACUGAGCCUUUUAGCAGGUCAGCAGGAGGGCGUGUCUGAGACCCAGCAGGAAGCUGAAGCCCUUUCUGCAAAACUCCACACACUGAAGAGCAGCCUUGUCACCCUCCAAAUCCUGCUGCAGGAAAAACAAAACAAGGAACAGAUGAAACUUGGGCAUGAUCGCCCUCUGCAGGAAAAGCUGAGGCAUAGCAUUAGUAUGGAGGAGACACUCUCCUCCUCAAGAAGGAAACUUUUCAGACAAAGCAGCCUACAACAGCAACGGGAUUUGGAGCAGGGUUUGAGUGAACAGAAAGAUCUGACUAAAGCCAUAGCCCGGCAGGGCAGCAGAGCACGACUCCACAGCCUGCCAACGGAACAAGCUCAUGUUGGAGGAGAGAGUGAGAGAGAGGAAGAGGAGAAGGAGGAAGCAGUCCUGAGGAAAUGGACUCAUCUCCAUAAACGACUGACAGCAAGACGACAGAAACCUCAGGAUCACACCGAAAUAGUGCCAAGUGUACUGUCAGAGAUGCGAGCCCAGACUGUGUAUGUAAGCAGCAGUUUCGAUGGUUCUCAGUACUUACAGGAGCUACGGUCACAUGUGACACGCUUACAAGAGCUGGCCCAAACAGCUACUCAAAUACCAAUACAGGAGUUGGAUGAGAAGUUGUUUGGGUUUCUGAGUGAGGUUGACCUCUCUUUGACCUCUCUGACAGAAACCUUCCUCACAAACUUCAAACUCUCACACACUGACACACAAAAUCAGCUUCACCAGCUCCAGAGUGUCUCAGCAGAGCUGGUUUCUCUGGGACAGCAGCUGGCCUCUCAUGCUUUAGACAUCAGCCAGGCUCUGGGACCCAGAUCAGCAGACUCUGGGCCUUCAUUGUGUCUGGACCUUCUCACAGAGCAUGUGCACAGAGUUCAGGCCGCGGUCUUGGAGAAAAAGAACCAGCUCCAGGUUAAGGUGGACCACACAGAACAACAGCAGAGAAAGAUUAGAGAUUUGCAUGCUUCCUUAUUGGCUAACACUACCCACCUCCACCAAAUGACUAACGGAGAUGCCCCAAACCACCUGCGCAAGCAAAUACAGGAGGCACUCCUCGAGAGAGAGGGUGAACUGGCCAUACUGAGGAAGGGGGCAGAGGUACAGGGACGCCCCACAUCUCUCACUCAAGAACUCAUCAGAGUGGAGGAUGUGUUAGACAGCGUGUGGGCCGGUGUGAGGCAGUGUAGUGGAGAAGUGAGGGGAACACUGGAGCUGCAGCAGCAUGCUAACAGACUGCUACAGGGCCUGAAAACCUUAGUGGAACUAGGCAGAGAAAAACUCUCCCAUUUCUCUGAACUUCAGAUAAGCAGUCCAGAUGAGCUGCACAUGCUCCUGAAAACACACAAAAGGUUCUUCCUGUCCCUUGAUGCACACCAGAGAACACUACGGCAGCUGCUUGGGCGGAUACCCGAGAGCGCCCUGUGUGGUUGGGAAGGUGACAUGGCAGGUGUGGAACAGGUGGUUUGCAGGAUACAGCAAGAGGCUCAGGAGAUAGGGGCCAGUCUACAGGUGACGUUAGAGGCCUGGACAGAGUGGGAGGGAAACCGCUCUUGGAUGGAGAACCUGUUGACGAGUCUGGAGACCAGCCUUCCCAAGAUACAGUUGGUGGAGAAAGUGGAGGAGGAGCUGGGCGAGCUGCUCAUCGUCUACCAGAAGCUACAGGCAGUGCUUGAGGAGAACAGAGCUCAGGUCUGCCUGAUCCUGGAUCAGGGGCGCAGGCUGCCCUUGCACAGAGUGUGCAUUCCCGCACAUAGAGAGGCCAUGUGUGUGUUCAGACUGGAACAGCGCUGGGCGGCCCUGCAGAGAGAGGCAGAGACAGGACAAGACUUCGCCCACAGAAUGCAGCAGCUGUGGAAAAGGUUUGGGAGUGACUCUGCAAUACUGUGUGAGUGGAUAGGGGGAGCCAGAGAGCUCCUACACACCUGGAAGGAUCAGAUGGCCUCAGACCAGGAGGGCCACGAGUUCUGUAAGGACUUAGAGGCCAAGUCAGCUCUGAAGUCCUCAGUGAUCAGCACUGGUACACGUCUGCUGCAGUGUGGUGAACUACGAACCCAUAGCACGACCUCGGUCUCCUCAGAAUGUAACGCCAGACCUGUCCAGACAAAUUCCUCAAGGGAGGAAACCGACUCUGCUCAAAACGCUUGUGCUGAAUGCACCUCACUAGAAAAGGGCUCCUCUGUCAAAGAUAGCUCCACCAAAGAAAACCUCCACAUUAUAGAAGGGGCUUCUGAAGACACCUCCUCCUGUGAGGAGAUCUCCUCUGCAGACACCCCCUCCAAGAUUAGCUCCUCUGAGAACUGCUCUCCUGUGAGGGUUGCCACUACUGUGCAACUGGUUCCUCUGACUCCGGCCUUGUUGUCUCUUCAGCUAAAGCUGACACAGAUAGAGCAGGCCUGGGCCCAGCUGCUGGACAAGUUCCCCACAGUGCAGCAAAAACUGCAUCAGUGUGUGAUGGAGAGGCUGUGCCCAGAGGAGGUGAUGGCCAAGCUGAAGGUUUGGAUCAGCGUGUCUGAGAAGCAACUGAAGCAGGAGGCAGACAGAGAGAACAAAGCCCCCUCUACCACCACCCACCCCUCUCACCUUCUCCUCAGAUACAAGGUGCUGAGGACAGAGCUGGCUGCUCACCAGUUUGCUGUAGAUUUUAUGAAUGAGUCUACACAGAGGACACUGGAGGACAGUGGUGCUGAUGUCCAGACUCCCAGAUACAGGGAAACCUCUUUCUCAGAGGAACUGGGAGAGCUCAACCUGCGCUGGCUCACUCUACAAGGACUCCUUAAUGUAAAGAUUCUGCACAUGGAAGAGCACCUGAGGACCUGCACAGAGCGAAAGGACAAGCUGCAGCUCCUGCGCAGCUGGGUCGAAGGUCAAAGGGAAUGGAUCCAAUUGGCGGAGAAGCCUGUCAGUCAGUCCACUGCAGAAAAGAACCUAAAGGACUGUGAGGAGCUGGAUAAGAAGACACAGGCUGUGCUGUCUGAGGUCAGUGAAUUGAGGAAGAGGCGUCACUCUGAGGAGCAGGACCAGGACAGAGACACAGACUUCAUCACACAUGUGGACAACUUAUCACACAUGUGCAGAGCAGUCAUGCAGCAGACCCAUGCUCUGAGGCAGAAUCUGCAGCGUGUGUGUGAUGUUUGGAGUCAGUUAGAGAAUAGACUCAAACAAGCAACACUCAACACGGCAAGGACUCGCCAAACGCUGCAGUUCUGCCUCACAGCUCAGACGUCCCUCAGUGGCCAGCAGACCAACACAGACAGACUACAGCAGAGAGAAGCAGAACAUACAGACACACUGUGGGAGCAGUUAAAUCAAGCAUUUUCCUGCCUUAAGAACGGCAUCAGUCCUCUCUCUGCCAAGACACUGUCUGAGCAACUGGAGAAAGAGAAAACACGGUGGUCAGAUGUAAAGAAGGACCUCACACACACCUUGCUGGACUCCCAGGCUCUGUUGCAGGUGUGGCAGCGUUUUGUGUCAGUGGCGUGUUCCUGUUCCCAGAGUGUCCAGCAGUACAGAGACCAGCUGAACACACUCUCCACCAGAGCGUCCCGCCCUGACAUCACCACAGAGCAGCUCACAGGCUGCAUACAGGACCUGCAGAUGUUACGGGAGAAGACCACAUCACUGCAGACUGAUGUGGAGGAAGUGCUGAGUGUGUCCAAAGAUCUGACAGCCCAGAUGGAGCCGUCAGCAGCUGUUUUUGUCCAAUCAGAGUGUCGUUUACUGAUGCGUGGGGCCCUUCAGCUGGACCAGGCCCUGAAUGGGAAACAGGCACUAUGGCAGGAGCAGCUGGAACAGCGUCAGGAGUUUGACCGUCUCUUAGACACAUUAGAGAAGAACUUACUGGACUGGGAGAGUACACACAUGACAGGAUCAAACCUUCAACACACAGACAUAUUACAGUCAGGUCUGUUGGACCUGAGUUGUCUGUCUCCAGAGUUGGAGCUGCUGAAUGAGAUCAGUUACAGAUUGACGCUCAAUGACCAGGUGGUGCAGAGGGUGCUGAGCCUGAACAGGAAGUGGACACAGGCUUCUGGCCACGCCCUGGAGAGAUGCAGUGAGGCGCAGGCAGCCUGUCUACACCAGCAGGAUUUUGAACAGAGGUGUAAGAGCUGGAUGACUUUUCUCCAGCAUAUGGAGGACAGCCUGGCUGUGGAGAUACCUGGAUGUUACCCUGACCUGAAACAACAUCUACACGUACACCAGCGGUUCCAGAGUGAGGUGUCGGUUGGUCACCAGAUUCUGCACUCAGUGGUCAGUGAAGCCCUGUGUCUGCUGCAGAGAGGAGAGAUUGAGGAUAGGAGUGACUUCCUGCUGAAGCUGGCUCAGCUGAGAGAGCACUGGCAGGGGGCGGUUCAGAGGGCAGCCCAGCAGCGCUCUUUGGUGGUGGGUCUGGUACAACACUGGCGCCUGUACACACACAACCUGUGGAAGCUCCGUAAAGUCCUUACACUGGCAGAUGCGUUCCUCCCUCCCAUGGGCCCUGGUCACUACAGUCUGGCCCAGCUGCGGCUGUCUCUGGAUGACUUAAAGCACACGGAAUUGUUGUUCCAGAGGUCAGCGUCCAGUUACCUGCUGGUCCUGGAAGUGGGCAGACAGCUGUUUGCAGUCAGUGAUGAGCAGACACAGGCACAGCUACAAACGGAGCAGGCAGCCCUGCGGGAAGACUGGGAGCACUCUCAGUGCAUGCUGGGAAAGAGGAGGAGCCUCACAGCUGACAUCGUCAAUAACUGGGAGCAUUAUGAGGCUAAGCUAGCCGACUGCACUAACCAGCUGGAGGAAAUCAAAAUGAAGCUAGGACGACCAGUUCCUGAGGAACUUGCCAAAAUGCAGGAAGAGGAACAGCUUUCAAAGGAGGUGGAGGAUUCUCUGGAGGACUGGGCAGUUAGCCUGACGGAGCUGGCCACCAUGAAGACAGACCUGUCCCAGUACAUCAUCGCCGACGACAUGCUACUCUUGCAGGAGCAAGUGGAUCAGCUGCACUGUCAGUGGGAGGAACUCUGUCUCAAAGUGUCUCUGCGGAAACAUGAGAUUGCUGACCGUCUCAAUGCCUGGCUGGUUUUUCAUGAGAAGAACAGGGAGCUGUGUGAAUGGCUGACACAGAUGGAGAAUAAGGUGGUGCACAACGAUCAGUUCAGCAUUGAGGAGAUGCUCGAGAAGCUGAAAAAGGACUGCAUGGAAGAGAUCAACCUCUUCAGUGAAAAUAAGACUCAUCUGAACCAGCUGGGUGAACAGUUCAUCAGUGCCAGUAACAAGACCAAAGAGAACGCCGAGAUUAAUGACAAGCUCAAAGACAUUAAUGAACGCUGGCGUCAUCUCUUCCAGCACAUCGAGGCCAGGGUGAGGAAGCUGAAAGAGACCCUGACAACAGUGCAGCAGCUGGAAAAGAACAUGAGUAACCUGCGGAUAUGGCUGUGUAACACUGAAACUGAGCUGGCAAAGCCUGUGGUCUACAGCGUCUGUCACAGCGAUGAGAUUCAGCGGCAACUGGCUGAACAACAGGACCUACAGCGCGAUAUCGAACAGCACACAGAGGGUGUAACGUCAGUGCUGACGUUGUGUGAUGUACUGUUGCAUGAUGCUGACGCCUGUGGCAGCGACAUGGAGAAUGACUCCAUCCAACAGACGUCCCGCAGCCUUGACCGCCGCUGGAGAAACAUCUGUGCCAUGUCCAUGGAGCGGAGGAUGAGGAUUGAGGAGACAUGGCGUCUGUGGUGUAAGUUCCUGGAUGACUACUCCCGGUUUGAGGACUGGCUGAAAGCAGCAGAGUGCACAGCAGCCAACCCUGUCUCCACUGAUGUUCUCUACACUAACGCUAAAGAGGAGCUCAAGAAAUUUGAGGCAUUCCAGCGCCAGGUCCAUGAACGUCUGACCCAACUGGAGCUGGUUAAUAAGCAGUACCGACGUCUUGCUCGAGAGAACCGCACUGAUGCAGCCAGUAAGCUGAAGGUCAUGGUCCAUGAGGGAAACCAGCGCUGGGACUGUCUGCAGAAGAGGGUGGCUGCUGUGCUCCGCAGACUGAAGCGUUUUACGUCUCAGAGGGAGGACUUUGAGGGUACGCGGGAGAGUAUUCUGGUGUGGCUGACGGAGAUGGACCUACAGCUAACCAACGUGGAACACUUCUCUGAGAGUGACAUUCACGACAAGAUGAGACAGCUCAACGCCUUCCAGCAGGAGAUCACUCUGAACACAGACAAGAUCGACGCUCUGAUUGUGUUUGGAGAGAACCUGAUCCAGAAGAGUGCUCCUCUGGAUGCUGUGCUGAUCGAGGAUGAGCUGGAGGAGUUGCACUCCUACUGUCAGGAGGUGUUUGGCCGCGUCGCACGCUUCCACCAGCGCCUCACCAGCCGACGCCCGCUGGUGGAGGGAGAGCAAGAACUCUCGGACCGGGACACAGAUGUGGAGGACUCCACAGACGGGAUGGGCUUCUGGCCGGAAAAGAAGGAGGGAGACGACUCUGUCCCCUCUGCCAGGCCGCAGGGUGUGUGUCACUUCCUGCCCCCUCCGCUGGAGCGCUCCGGCCGCGAGACACCCGCCAGCGUGGACUCCAUCCCUCUGGAGUGGGAUCACACUGUGGAUGUGGGUGGAUCUUCAUCUCAUGAUGAAGAUGAUGAGGCCACAUUCUACAGCGCCCUCUCAGAUGUAGAGGUAACUGAGAGCUCUGACUCCUUUUUUAAAGCCACAGGCAAAGUACUCCGCUUGGCGUCCGGAGGGAAGUUGUUGUCGGAACGCCUCAGCUGGCAUUUGCCGGAGACCCAGGUUCCGAGAGAGAUUCUUCAGAAACUGGACUCACCACCCGCACAUUACCACCCACAGGGUUAUGCUAAGCUGAUGUCAGAAUGCACUGGGAGUAUAGACAAUGUGAAGAGAGUUAAACGGAUUCUGAAUGAUGAGGAGCCAUCAGAAAACCAGGGCCUGAACACACUGUCUAACGUAGACCAGCAGACUGGCGUGAUCGAGCGUUGGGAGUUAGGUCAGGCAGACACACACAGUGAGGAUCUGAGUGUACCACAGAGGCAGAAGCUCCACUCAGACCUGAGCGAAGUGAACACCUGGCUGACCCAUGUGCUCCCUGAACUGGACAGACUCCAGAGACUGGAGCCCUCCACCACCAUUCACCAGUUUGAGACCAACAUCCGCAAACUCAAAGAGAUGCAGAGAACAUUCAACAGAUACAAGGCAAUGAUGAUCUCCAUCAACCUGAGCGGUGCCAGGCUCCAACACUCGCACAGCCUCCAGCUCCAAGAGCUUCGGGACAGCCUGACGUCAGCCAAUCAGAAGUGGACGCUCACCAGCGCAGCCCUUGACAGCUGGGAGAGCCGUCUGCAGCAAACACUGAUGCAGUGUCAGGAGUUUCACGAGACUUUACACUCCAUGCUGCUGUGGCUAGCACGAGCAGAGAGUCAGCGUUACAUGGUCAACAUCCAUGAUCGCAACGUAGACUGCAGAGUACUGUGGGAACAUGGAAACACACUGAGGACUCUAGAGGAGGACCUGAGGAGUAAGCAGAGGGAGAUGUUGUCCUUGCAGGAGAUUUCCUCUCAGCUCCUCCUGGGUGCAAAUGGAGAUGAUAGUCUGGAGGCGAAGGAGAAGGUGCAUGUGAUUGGCAACAAGCUCCGCCUACUUCUGCGCCAGGUGGCAAACGACCUCAGUGUACUGCAGACCAGACUUGUACGAUUGUGCAGCGGACAGCAGAAGUUUGGCAGCUCUUGCUCCUCCUCUGAUGGAAAAGGUAUGCUGGGGAUAUUCAUGGAUAAUGUUUCACAGUUGAGAGUUGAGCAAUACUCAGGGGUGAAAAAAGGCGACGGGAGUCGGACCAGGCCGUUUUUGUACCGGGUCCUGCGGGCGGCUUUCCCCCUCCACCUGCUCUUCCUCUUACUGCUAGUGCUCAUGUGCCUGGUGCCGCUGUCUGAGGAAGACUACAGCUGCACUCUGUCCAACAACUUCGCCCGCUCCUUUUACCCCAUGCUCCGCUACACCAAUGGCCCCCCUCCUACAUGA